AUGUUAUCAUUAUUAAUUCAACGGAAUAAUCAUUUUAAACAAUCUAUUCAUUUAGUUAUAUUUUGUUUUUUCUUAUAUAAAUUAACAGAAACAAUAUUACAAUAUGGUACACGUAUUGAAAUAUAUAAAAUUACAUGUUUAUCUAUAAUCAAUUCAACAAAAUUACAAAAAACUAUUUGUUCCGGUGAAAAUGAUAAUCUUAUUAAUAAUUCUACAAAAUAUUCUAUAGAAAAUCAAUUAUUAAAUAAUGUACAAAGAUUAUCUGGUUAUUAUUUAUUAACUUAUCGUAUUUUAUUAAAUUUACCAGCUACAAUAUCAUGUUUUAUUUAUGGUAUUUAUUCAAAUAAAUAUGGUUAUAAAAUUUCAAUGUUAAUACCAUGUUUAGGUGCAAUUAUUGCAUGUACAUUAUUUUCUAUAAGUUUAUUAUUAAAUAAUAAUUUAAUAAAUUAUUCUAUUCUAUUUAUAUUAAUUGGUGGAUUUAUAUAUGGUAUAUGUGGUAAAAGUAGUGCAAUGACAAUGGGAGCUAAUAGUUAUAUUACUAAUAUAACUAAUAUAAAUAAUCGUACAUCUAUGCUUGGUCGUUUAUUAGGUGUAAAUUGUCUUGGUUUAUCAAUUGGUACAUUAUUACUUGGUAUAUUUUUAACAUUUUUAAAUUAUUCUGAUUCAAUUAUAUUUUGUACAAUUAAUAAUUUUUUCAUUGUUUUAAUUUUAUUAUUUUUGGUAAUUGAUUUAAAAACUAAUGAAAAUAUACCUAUAUUAGAUUUAUCAACAAAAUAUACAGAUUAUGAUAAAUCAAUAAAUAUAACAAUAAAUUGUACUAAUUCAAUCAAUAUAACAAAUGAUCAUAAUAUAAUAUCAUAUGAAUUUAUUCAAAUAUUAAUUGAACAAUUUUAUCAAUCUUAUCAUUUUUUAUUUCAAAAAAAUUAUAAUGAAAAACAUAAAUUAUUAUUAAUUUUAUUAUUUACUGUUUUAUUUAAUCAAAUGACAAAAUCUGGUGAACAAGAUAUUAUUUUAUUAUAUUUACGUAAUGAACCAACUUUAUGGACUAGUCAAUUAUAUAGUUAUUAUUUAGCAUGUUAUUAUGGUUGUAUGUUUAUACAUUUAACUAUAAUUCUACCAAUUAUUGAACAAAAAUUUAUUAUACAUGAUACAACUUUUAUUUUAAUUGGUUUAUUUUUAAAAAUUAUACGUUUAUUAUUAUUUAGUAUAACUAAAGAUAAACAAUGGAUAUUUUUUGGUGCAAUUAUUGGUUCAGCAGCUGGUUAUAUCACAUCUGGUAUACGUUCAAUAAUAAGUAAAUUAAUAUAUAAAACAGAAAUUGGUGCAUCAUUUGCAUUAAUAUCAAUAUUUGAAACAAUAGCAAAUUUAUUUGGUGGUUUAUUAUUUACUAUUAUAUAUAAUUAUACAUUAAAUAUUAUGUCAUCAUUUAUUUUAGUAUUCGAUGCAUUUUUACAUGUAUUAAUAUUGAUUUUAUUUGUAUGGUUACGUUUUAAAUUGAUUUUAUUUGAAAAAAAUUCAAAUUAUGAACAAAAUUAUCAAUAUAUUGAUAAUAAGACAUAAUAUAAAAGAAUUAACAACAAAAAAAACGAACAAAAAAAGAGAGAAAAAUUAUUGUAAUUAUAAAAUGAAAAAAUAAAUUUUAAAAAAAAAUAGAUUCAUUUUGUAUUGUUUGUUUAAAUCUUCCUGUUAUAAGUUGUAACCUAUGUGCUCUGUUAAUGUAUAAGGUAAUGAUACCGCUAAUUAGAGAACAGUGAAUUAUCCAUUGAACCAAUAACGCAUAAAACCCGUGUGAACAGUUUAGAGUAUUUAUUGGUCCUGCUUCUUGCCUAACCCAACCAGUUAAGUCCAGAACACUAAACUUAGCCUCUGCAAUAUGAAUCAUUUAUUGCAA